GCAACCCUUUUUUGAUAAUUCUUAUUUUUAAUUUUGAAAUUGAUUGAAAUGUCGCAGCAAAUUCGUGUUUUACAAUGCAUAGAAUGCAAUCUCUACCAGGUUGACAUUGUCAAAAAGGCUAACCAAUGGCAAUGUAAAGUAUGCCGCCAAAAGCAGAAACUGCUUAAAGAAUUAUUUCGCGGAUCUGGAGCGGAAUGUCGCCAAAAGGUGCAAGAAUUGAACAUGAAACAUGGACAAAAGUCUCAGUCAUUGGAUAACAAUAAAAUGCAGAAAUUGCAAAAGCAACAACACGAUGGCCACAUCCCAAGCUCCAGCAAGUGGGCGAAUUACAUUGAUGAGCUCCCCGUUCAUCCUGCUCCUACUUCGCACGUUGAGUCUAAACUAAAGCUGGAUAAGGCGAAUAAGUCGGAUGAUGAGUCCUAUUCCGAUGCGGACUCUUUGCCCAGUAAACGUAAAAGUAACAAAAAUACUUGUUCUAAAUGGCAGGAAUUUCUAUAGUAAGUCAAGACAGAAACAUAUAAAACUUUCAUCUAUAGAUUUAUAGUA